UGGAGCCCGAACCCGAGCCCAAAGCGACCGAUCCAACCACCCGCAUCCACACACCGCACCACCAACCAUCGACCGCCUCGCCGGAGAGGAGAGAGAAAGGAAGAGCGCGAGAUGGAGGCGGCGGCGGCGGCCGGCGUGCAGCUGGGCACCUCGAAGCCGCAGAUCGCGACCCAGGCGGAGAUGUCGGAGGCGCGCCUCCCACUGCCCUACCGCGACCAGUGCGCCCACCUCCUCAUCCCCCUCAACAAGUGCCGCGUCGCCGAGUACUACCUCCCCUGGAAGUGCGAGCCCGAGCGCCACGCCUACGAGAAGUGCCAGUACGAGCUCGUCAUGGAGCGGAUGAUCCAGAUGCAGAAGAUCCGCGAGGCGCAGGAGGCCAAGUCCAAGGGCGCCGCCACCAUUGGCGUCCCCCUCAUCCCUUCCACCGCCAAGCUCUCCUGAUCCCCGCUCCGCUUCGAUCUGCUCUAUUCAGGGCUGGUUAUGACAGCACGAAGGACAUUGUGCAAGGAUCGUGGAUGCUAGUUCUAUGAACCAAACAUCUGUUUGAAUUUAGCAUAAAGUUAACUGUUGUCUUCUUCUCUCCGCCUUUACUCCGUUGGUGAGCAUCUUCGAGUUUCAAUAUGAAAUAAGGAACUACCUGUUUAUACUCAAUGACUGAAAUGACGCCUUAAAGUUUUGAAUGCAAUGCGUGGACUCUGCAUAUGAAGAGCUACUUUAAUUCAGUAGAA